UAUUUAACAACAUGAAAAGGUAUAACUUUUUAUUGUGCUUAACGGUACUUAUUUCUCUGGGACUGUCCGGAAGCGAUGAGCCGAACCUCUUUCUAGCCCCUCUGAGUGAGAUGUCCUCUGAUGUUGGAGUCUCUCUCUUUGACGUGGAUGAUGUGGAGUCUUCUGAGUGUUCAGCGUGCGUGUGGAGAGAACAGAGUAAAGUCUUGCGACUGGAAACAAUUAAAUCACAAAUACUGAGCAAACUGCGCUUAAAACAAGCACCCAACAUCAGCAGAGAGGUGGUUAAUCAGCUUCUCCCCAAAGCACCCCCGCUGCAGCAGCUGUUGGACCAUCAUGACUUCCAAGGGGACGCAUCUUCCUUAGAGGAUUUCAUAGACGCCGAUGAGUAUCACGCCACCACCGAGUCCGUCAUCACAAUGGCUUCAGAGCCUGAACCUCUGGUGCAGGUGGAUGGGAAACCGACCUGUUGUUUCUUCAAGUUCAGUCCAAAAUUGAUGUUUACCAAGGUCCUGAAGGCCCAGCUGUGGGUUUAUCUGCAGCCAAUAAAACAAACGUCCACUGUUUACCUGCAGAUCCUGCGCCUUAAACCUAUCACAGAGCAGGGAAGCCGACAUAUACGUAUCCGGUCACUCAAGAUUGAGCUUGAUUCUCAAGCAGGUCACUGGCAGAGCAUUGACUUCAAACAUGUGUUGCAGAACUGGUUCAAGCAACCACAUACAAACUGGGGUAUUGAUAUAAAUGCCUAUGAUGAGAGUGGCAAUGACCUGGCUGUCACAUCUUUGGGGCCUGGAGAGGAGGGACUGCAGCCUUUCCUGGAGGUCAAGAUUCUUGAAACAACCAAGCGCUCACGGAGGAAUCUGGGUCUUGACUGUGAUGAGCACUCCACAGAAUCUCGCUGUUGUCGCUACCCACUUACAGUGGACUUUGAAGCUUUUGGCUGGGACUGGAUCAUUGCACCUAAACGUUACAAGGCAAACUAUUGCUCAGGGCAGUGUGAGUACAUGUUUAUGCAAAAGUACCCACAUACCCAUUUGGUGCAGCACGCAAAUCCUAGAGGGUCUGCAGGGCCAUGCUGCACCCCAACAAAGAUGUCACCGAUAAACAUGCUUUACUUCAAUGACAAACAGCAAAUAAUCCAUGGCAAAAUCCCAGGAAUGGUGGUGGACCGUUGUGGCUGUUCAUAGAAUUUUGCAUUUUGGUUGAGCUAAAUGAGCUAAGUAAUGGAGGGGGGAGAGUGUCAGGGCUUAAUUCAAGAAUGCAAGUCUAC